GUCCGGUCGGCAGUGCGCAGCUAUCCCGCGUGAACUGAGGUUGUGAGUGCGCCAUGUUACCCCUCUCCCUGUGCGUCGUGCUUGGGAUUAUACUUGCCCCCACCCUUGCCGGGGUGAGCAACUGCCGAUUCCCGGGCGCGCCAGCUCACUCGUCCGUGUUCUUCUCCAACACUUCCCUCGCCGUGGGUACGGUAGCGACCUACGCGUGCGAGCGAGGCUUCGAGCUCCUGGGACCAGCUCGCAGAGUAUGCGGUGCUGACGGCCAGUGGACACCAGAGGGCAUCCCCUUCUGUGUGCUGAAUGUUGCGGCCGGCAAAGCCCCCAUGCAGAUCAGCUCGGAGCAAGGAGGGGUGCCGCAGAAGGCUAUAGACGGCAGCACGAGCUCCUUCUUCAACGCCGAGACCUGCACGCUGACGCGGCCGGAGCGGGUGCCCUGGUGGUAUGUCAACCUACUGGAGCCCUACAUGGUGCAGCUGGUCAGGUUGGACUUCGGCAAGGCCUGCUGUGGUAAAAACAAACCAGCCACUAUAGUUGUGAGGGUGGGAAACAACAGACCAGAUCUAGGAACAAAUCCGAUUUGCAAUCGAUUCACUGGAUUCUUGGAGGAAGGAAAACCUCUGUUCCUACCCUGUAAUCCCCCGAUGCCGGGAGCUUUCGUCAGUGUACAUCUAGAGGGUGCUCCAGGUCCCAGCCAGCUCAGUAUCUGCGAGGCAUUCGUCUAUACUGACCAGGCUCUUCCAAUAGAAAGAUGCCCCCAGUUCCGAGAUCAGCCACCAGGCAGCACUGCUACGUACAAUGGCAAGUGCUACAUAUUCUACAACAGGCAGCCCUUGAACCUGCGGGAGGCACUAGCAUUCUGUCGUAGCCGCGGUGGAUCAUUGGUUGACGAGAGCAAUCCAGCACUGCAAGGUUUCAUCAGCUGGGAACUCUGGCGACGACACAGGAGUGACACAAGCAGCCAAUACUGGAUGGGAGCUGUACGGGAUCCUCAGGAUCGUAACAACUGGAAGUGGCUCGGCGGAGAUGACGUGACAGUUUCCUUCUGGAACCUGCCUGGAGGUAACGAGGACUGUGCUCGGUACGACGGAGCCAAGGGUUGGCUCUGGUCAGAUACCAAUUGUAAUGUCAAGAUUAACUACAUCUGCCAACAUCAGCCAAAGGCUUGUGGCAAACCCGAACAGCCACCUAACUCCACGAUGGUGGCCAAAAACUUCAACGUUGGAGCCACGAUCGACUACAGCUGUGAUGAGGGUCACUUGCUAGUCGGUCCCAGCACCAGGGUGUGUCUGCCCACCGGCUUCUACAACGAGUUCCCACCUGUCUGCAAACGUGUCCAGUGUGGCUACCCAGCUGAUAUUCCUAAUGGGAACUAUCAGCUGUUAAACGACAGUGUGGGCUACAUGAGUCAAGUGUUAUACAGUUGUGAUGAAGGGUACAAGCUGAUUGGCCGAGCUCAGCUGAUCUGUGACCUUGACGAGAGAUGGGAUGGUCCUCCCCCCAGGUGUCACCCUGUCAGAUGCAGUGACCCUCCUGAAAUAGAAAAUGGAGAAGUUUUCUUAAACAGCAACGUUUCUGUAGUGGGAACCGUUGUCGAAUACUCCUGCAUAUCUCGCAAAUACCGACUAAUUGGGGCAAAACAAAUCAUAUGUCUCCCAUCUGGGCAAUAUGAUAAACCUGCUCCCCAGUGCAAAGAAAUCAAGCAGAGUACACCAAUCGUGCCAUUGGUAACUGCUCCCAAGCCGAGGACCACCACACGUCUCCCACCCACCAGGGAGAAGCCCCGCCCGUUCUCACCCCGCCCCACCACUCCAGCGACUGAGGACGACAGCAAACAGAGUGAAUCGGGCCGUGUGCCACAGAUCGUGGUGGCCUCUGCUCAUCCCCAGGACAACGAGAUCCCAGAUUCUGUCCACGUUCACAACAAUUUACUGCACAACGGGGCAGACCUUCCCACACACUCCACCGAUGACCGCAGGGAAACCUUCGGAGCCAAGCUGAAUUUAGGUGCCAUUAUUGCUCUUGGAGUUUUUGGAGCGUUUGUGUUCCUUGCUGCUGUUGUAACUACAGUUGUCAUUCUGAUUAGAAGAAACCGAAGUGCCAAACACUAUCGUCAUCGGGCAUCGCCUGACUGCAAUACAGUGGCGUCAUUUGACUCGUCGAGCUCUGAGUCGCGCGGGGGCCUGAACCGCUACUACCGCCAAGCAUGGGAGAACCUACACCAGUCUGCGAGCACCAAGGCGGCCGCAGCGCAUCAUCCCCCUCUGCGGCGCAAGGAGACUCUGGACCGUGAGGGAGUGAGAGACGGCAGCGAGUUAGUGGUCAGUGACGUAUACCCGCAACAGCGCAACACCACGGACAAGAAGAGACACCAUCACCAUCACCACCAUUCCCACCAAGGGGGCGAGUGGAGGUCUCAACACCACCAACACGCACGCUCUCCUCACAAGACUCGCUAUUGACUGCCCAUACAACCUUUCUUCGACUUUCAUUUCCUGCUGUGUUAGAUAUUUAGCAAAGUUAUAUUUAUUUUAUUAGGAAUUACUAUUCCAACUUAAAACUCGUUUUAUUAUAUAAUUUAGAUUAUUUAUAAAAGUAAAUUUUGUACAAAAUCAAUUAAUGCAAUACCAAAAUUGAAUAAUUUAAAUACAGAUUAUGUAAAUCGUAAUUAAAUAUGUUUGAAUAUACAAGAUUGAGUUUUCCAACAUUAUUAAUGUUGAACUGAAAGUACAGAUUCAAUGCAAUGAACUAACACAUUUUCCAGUGUUUCAAACCAAAGCUGAAUAUUCUACAUUUGUUCUUAGUUCUCUACUAUCUCCUUUUCAUGUCUACUUUUAUCUUCUUAUUUUUAUUAGUUAUAAGUUAAGGAUUUUUAAAUUUAUAUUGUACAUACUUAUAUUAUAAUUAUUUACUGUUAAUUUUUUAUACUACAGACAGACUAGCAAUAAAACUAAAUUUGGAAAAUAUUAAGUCUAUGUAAUACAUAAAUGUAACAUAAUACCUAUGGUAUGAGAGUUGUAACCUUCAUUAUGUUUCUUUUGUGAUAAAGUUUACAUUGGGUGGUUUUAAAGACUAUAAGGUAAACAAAUUUGAAGAUUACACCGUAUUAAUGUGUUGAUUGUAAGGGAUGCCUCGGCCAGACUUUGAAAUCGAUAAUUAAAGUGAGGCUGAUGUACACCUUGCAUAUAUUUGAAAAUGUUAUAUUGUUGUUCUGUAUAUUUUUAUGACUUUCCCCGAAGUGAGCUUAAUUUUCCAAAAGAACUUCAAGAACAGUUUAUAAGUGAGAUUUAUACACACUCACUUUGUUUAUAAGCAGUAAAAGAUAUAAUUGAAAUAAUAUUUUCGAAAUGGCUUUAAGGCCAAGCUUUUGUUUGGUUUACCAAAUUGAGUAUGUUUUUAAUAACCAAUUCUAAGUGUGCUUUUUGUAUGUAUUUAUUGUAAAAUAUAGAAUAUAAAAUAUAGAGUAUAUAUAGAGUA